AUGAACGCAGCCUACACGUUUUUAAAAUGGUUUCAGAUCGUUAUCGCGCUCGCAUUGAUCGCAGUCGCGGAGCCAAAAUUGCAGUCGAAGAAAGAAAAACGAGGGGUGGCAUUCGGGCCAUCUGGCUAUGAUUUCUUCGGAGUGGCGCCUAUUUUUUCCACCGGGCCAUGGGCCCCUACCAAUUUCGGAACAUCUCCGACAAUCUUUGGAUCCGCUCCUUGGAAUCCUUCAGGAGUGCCCGACAUUCCCUUGACCCAAGUUCAAGUUCAAGCCACGCACGACGUGGCUAUUCAGGCUCUGAAGGACCCAGCCCCCGGAACGCCCACCAUAGCCUAUCCUCCGGACGUUCUGAGGGCCAUCCAGCAGGCCAGCGAAGCGAACCACAACGUGAACGCGGCUCAACAGAGGGUAGCGGAAGCUAAACACGCUGCUGUCGUUCAACAGAAGGUUGCUCUGGCGAAAGAGGCAGCUGCGAGGGAGGCUGCCGCUAGGUCUCAGGAGAUUUCGUCGUCGGCGGACGCGGAAGCCAGAUCCAGCGCGAAGCAGUUAGUGGCUCUCCAGCAGAGACUGGCGUCUCUGAAGGAUGCAGUCGCAGCUGCACAGCGGGUGGCCGCGGCCAGGGAAGCGGCUGCAGCAGCGGCGAUUCAAAGGAACGCCGCCGCGACAGCCGCCGAGUUACAGAAGCAGGACGUCGACAAGCAGAUCAGUCAAAGCGAACAGGAGGCCAAGGAAAAGGACGUCAUAGCAGCGAAGGAAAACGCUGUAGCGAACGCUGUUCAGCUGGCUGCCCUGCAGAAACCAACCCACCAUCCCUGGAGCCGCUGA